AUGGCUUUGCCUUUCGACAAUCUCGCGGAGCAGAUGUCCCAGCUGGAUACUGCUAGAAAUGUUGUGCUUGGUGAUGCUGCUUUGUAUCCACAGAUCGUUCAGGGCAUACUCCCAAUAAUAGGCGCCAAGGCACGGAUAGAACUACGACGAUGGGGCGCCGACUUCCUAGCAGAAACCUUUGCCAGUCCCGCGCUGGCCCAACAACCGAAGCAGAAGCUGAGUACACAGGUGGUGCAGACAUUGUGGGAAUUAUUGGAAAAUCCAGAAGAGGAUGCCAGUGUCGUAAAGGGAGUUAUUCAAACUGCUGCUAGUAUUUACCCAUUGGUGUUUAGAACUAUCAUUGAUAACUCCAACGAAUCUGCAUUGUGGGAAAAAAUGACAGCCAUCAAGCAGAAUAUUUUAAAGCGAUGGGACACUGCUUCCAAUAACAUCAAGGCUUGCUGUAUCAAAUUUGUCCAGAAGGUGGUGCAGGUCCAAACUACUGGCGUCAUAUCUGAUCCAAGGCGUCCUGAGCAAAAUGAAACCUCCUUGUCAAUUGUGCCGAGAAAUCAUCCACUUAUACCACUACCAAAUCUCGAAGCAGAAGCUUCUGGCUUGCUAGAUAGGCUACUCAACGUGUUCAAUGAAAAUUCGAGUGAUCCUAUCUUGGUCAACGCAACGUUAAAUUGUCUCCCGGUCAUGAUACGCACCCGACAGUCCAUUUCAAGUAAGAUUGUAAAUGCGAUUCUUAAUUUCAACCCGCUUAAACAAGCAAAUGCGCCAAUGACUCCUACAAUUCGAGUAAAUAUCAAGUCCAUGGAACGGACCACGAGGGCACUGCUCAUCAAUUUAAUGAAGAGGAACCCAAAUCAUCCUUUGGCAAGCCGCAUUCAGCAAUAUUUGGAACGAUUAGCGCAGUCGCGGAAUGAUAUAUUCGAAGAAGCAUCGAAAAAACGGGCGCUGCCAACCGAACCGACUGAUCUCGUAGAUAGCGCAAAGCGUGCAAGACUUGGCGUUGAUACUCCCCCUCAAUUGAAAAUCCCUCCCAUGCCCCCUGGCCCCAAUUCUUUUGCUCAGCUCUUCACAUUGACCGAUGAAGCGGGUUUGACAUCCUUUGAUGUCAAACAGCUUCCCGCAGACCUAAUUGUCAAAAUCACCGUUCCUGUGCUUAGUCGAGUUGAUCCUGAGGCUGUUCGGUCUCGUUACCUCACAUUAUCCAAGAAACAAGUCUUCGAACAACAAUCCUCACAGCAUACCGCUCCAAUAUCAGCAGCCGGCAUAGAAGAGGAUGAUGACUACGAACCAGAAUAUCAGCCAAUGGACAUCCCAACUGGGACUCAUGUGCCAACGGGAUCGUCCAUUGCCGGAAAUGAACAAUUUCAACCAGAUCUCGUUGCCCUCGGCCCUUUUGUCCUACCUCAGCCACCGCCAUUAACAGAGGAAGAAGCCGCCGAAAUUGGAAAGGGUGCAAUUGAAAGAGUUUUUAACAUGAUUUCCGCCUUAGAGCAACCAUCAAAGUCAACCAAAGGUUCCCAGAAGCCAGGUUUUGGGAGGCUAGCAGCCAGCUCUUUUGAUAGGGAUUCUUGGUUGGUCUUGCUCACUCGAUUGGCAACUCGAGCCUCGGCCGGCUUGGAGGUGGAUGAAACAGAUGAGAAUUUUAAAGCUGAAGACGGCCGCCAGUUGUUAUUGAACCAACGCAUCAGCAUGGCAAACGGCAUCAGGGAGAUGUUAUAUCGAUAUGUCCUUGAAGAUUUUCGUGUUCGAAUCAAUGCCGCUAUUUCCUGGAUGAACGAAGAGUGGUACAAUGACCAAAUACAACUGAAAUAUGCCGCCACAGAGGAUAAUGGCGAACAUGGUAACAUGUCCUCGAAACACUAUGAGAAAUGGGUUAUGAGGCUACUGGAAGGCAUCUUGCCUUAUUUGGACAGCAAGGACAAAGUGUUGAUUAGGUUUCUAAGUGAGAUACCGGAACUCAGCCCGAAGCUCGUGCAAAAGACAAAGAGUUUGGCAAAUGAUCCUGAACGUGUUGCCCUAUGUGUUCAAGCCCUUCACUAUCUUGUCCUCGUGCGGCCUCCAGCAAGGGAACUUUGCCUAGAUGCUCUCCAAGACCUCUAUACAAAAGUGGACGAAGCGGGGCCUCUCGUUUCAAAAAUCCUCCUCAAAUGGCGACCACAUGCCAUUCCAAAUCAAGAGAACUCUACCUCAAAACCUAACCCUAUAUCAACAACACAAAUUCCACGAACAGCCUCGCCAUCGACGGACCAAGGCCAAGGCGCAAACUUCAAUCCCAGAGCUGUGUCCGGUGACAAUGCGUCGAAUGGUGUAAAAUCAGAACCAGGUGCUGCUGGCAUUGUCGACGCCCAAAACCAGGACAUUAAGCGCGAGCCUGAAUCGAUUCCUGGCUCAACAUUGAGCGGCACACCGCAGCAGGAAAUGAAGGGGACGGAUAAUACGGCUGAUUCGUCAUCCACAACUACUACUGUGCCUGGUUGAGGCACCGUGGUGACCAGAUGAUGUGAUGUAAUUUCGGCUAGAUCACCCGCUGUUUUCGUGUCCUAAUGUUUAGGUUAUUACCCUGCUAUAUUACUCACCCCUUCUUCUCUUCUACACCUUGUUUUUCGUGAAGCGGUCAGUUGUGUGUAUUAAAACUUAGACGAGACAUAUACAAAGAGAAACACAUGCAGAUGUGCAAGAGUAGAGUUUUUAAUAACUGGAAGCGGAAUGAGCACAG